UUUUUCUUGCGUUGGCCGUGUGUAAAUAAUACAAUUUUUGAUAGAUUUUUGGUUGAUUCUUGCCCUGAAUUGUAGAGGAAUUCUCUUCGAAGAACGACAUGACAUAUGAUUGAGUGUUUCAAUGUUUGUUUGAAGUGGAAAGACUCUGUUUUGUCAUUGUUUGUGGGCAAUUAGAGGGAAUUAGAGUUUGGUCUUGAUUUUGGUGAAGAGACAUGGAGGCCGGUUUAACAAGACGAGAAUCGAAAAAAGAGCAUCGGAGAGAUUCGUUGGGUUCGGAAGAAGGCUCUAAGGAAAGGAAACAUCGAAAAAAACGGGAGGGGAAACGUAAAAAGAAGCGAUCGUCUGUCCCAAGUGCGGAUGACUCGAUCCCAAACUCGUCAAAGUUAGGACAUGAUAACGCUGGUGUCGACUAUGAUGAGGCCCUAACUGGUAGCAAAUUGACGAAAACUGCUAAACAAGAGGGCAAAACAAAUGAGUCUGUAGAGUCUGCGAGUCAUGGAAGCUCUAAUGCAGAAUAUCAAGCGGAUAUGGAUGGUUUGGAAGCUUCAGGAACUGGCAUCGUUUCAUCCACAUGAAGGAACUGUUAGCUCACAGGAUAAGGGAACUGAUUUGACCACAGAGAACACAAGGGUCUCAACACCACCAGGUGAUGAUGCUGGUACCAGUGCCGAGUCAGAACAAGGUCUGAGGCGAAGAGCAACCCUUACCGAAAUAGAACAGAGUUUUGACGAGGAACAGCCUGGUAAAAGAAGAUGGAACCAAAUGAGUUUAUGGAACCGUUAAAAGAAAUCUCGGAAAAUGCUGAGCAAAACACGUCAGGUGAUACCAGGGAAGAUUUUGAAUUAGGAAGUGUUUCACGAGCCACUCGAGAUAAAAAUAACACUGUCGUUGAAACAGAUACGACCGAGUCAGCACUUCACGAAGAUGAAGAGGUAUCUUUAUUAUUUGAUACGGGAAAUCAAGAAACCUCGUCUUCGCCGGGAGUAUUUAACGAAGGUUUUCAAGAAGGUACGGAAUCAAGCCUCGUGAGUGGACAGGAGGCGACUCAUGUGGAUACAGAAGAACCGCUUACAGAUGUGGUGGUGGUAGGAGGGGAUAGCAUGAGCCGAGGGAACCCAACUGUCCUAUCUGAACCAACUGCAGAACCAUCGUCGACUCAAGAAUCUCAGCAAGUGGACGUAAAUGAAAACAAUGUCCUGUCUGAAAAGAGCGAGGUAACAAGCUCCACGAUACUUGAUGUAAGUGACGAUGAGAGUGAGCUACCCUGGGCCAUGUACAGAUCAUUGGAUCCUGCUUAUCCGAAGAACGACGAGGCAGAAAACGAGGACUGGGCGCUGGGAGAUGAAGAAGACAUUACAGGACCUGAAAGGGAAAAAGAUCUGCCGGAUAUCUACGCUCUCCUGGAAAGUUUCGAGGAAGACAAAGUGAAUUUGUUGAAUUCUCGGAAUCUUUUUGACAGCGAGAAACAGAAAGCGAAAUAUCAGUAUAUCGAUGAACUGAAAUUGCAAAUGGCCGACUCAACUGUCGAGAAAUAUGUUGAAGAUUUUCACCAGGAUGUUGAAGAUGAAAUACUGAUGAUUGGAAGUAUAACUUUAGAAGAUGUUCAGGAAGAGGAGCGACAUUUACGAGACGAACAUAUCCAGUAUCAACAACAGCUGAGCGACAUUCAAAGGAAACGACAGGAAGACAUCUUGGUCAGAGAAGAGCUUGCAAAGAAAAAUGUGAUGGAAAGAUUGAAGGAAAGAAGGAAGGCGUUGAGAAGACGAGAGGAACACUUGAUGCAACGAGACCGCCUGUUACAGAACAAAAUUCAUCAGGCGUUUCGUCGCUCUGAACAUCAACUUUUGAAAGCACUUGAAGCAAGAAAAGCUGAAGUUAAGACAAUGUAUGGUGAACUGGUUAUGGCCGAUGGCGAAUACGGGGGAAGCAAAGGUCGGAGAUGGAAAGUUGAUUGGAACAGAUCACCUCAGCCUAUUCAAGUGAAGUUGAAAUGUCUACGGGGCAUUAAGGAUAAAUUGCCAGUUGGUCGUUACGUGUUGAUGGCGUCAUUGUACGACCGUCUUGGUGGUCACGUCAUGAAGUGGUCCAAUCUUAAAGGCCAGCAGUGGGGGGGAGCUACACUGCCAUUGUUUCACGAGGGGGAGUUUUAUAAUAUCGAAGUUAAGAUUGAUCAAAGUGUCUUCACAGUUUGUCCAGCUCGACCGGACAUUCGCCCCGGUAUGGUUCUCGUAUUCGAGUUAUUUCUCCUUCGAGGAGCUGUCACUCCGACUGAUCGUGUCGUGGGUUGGGGAUGUUUUCCAAUAUGUGACUCUAACUUCAGAGUUGUGGAGGGCAAAUAUAAAACUCCGUUUCUUCGAGGUGACAUGGAUCCAGGAAUUGACACUUAUCAAAGAAUGGAGGAACUUGUCGCACAAGAUAUUGAUCAUUGGCUGUGUAAUUUAUACUUUGAUGUUGUUCUUCUACCGAGGUACAUGGCUGGGCAGAAGGAAUACGAGGUUGAACUGCAGUUCACAUCAAAUUUGCUCGGUCAUCCAAAACGCACGAAGACUGGAGAAGAGCUUGCUGAUGGGGAAGAGCCUGUGUACGGGUCUGAAAGUGAUCUCCAGUCGCCUGCAUUGCGUGGCUCACGUCGGGGCAGCAAAGCCUCCAGUGCUAUGGAAGCAAGUCUUGCAAGUGAGGCGAAAGAAGGCGAUGAGGAAAGUGAAGAAAAGAUAUCCGCCUCAGCUCAAAAUCUUGAAUUGCCUUUAACUCCUCUCAAGUCCCCAUCAACACCUGAGGAGUAUAGCAACACGGUGCAUCAUGAUCGCCCUUCAACAGUUUUGCAUACUUCACGUAAGCUCCACGAGGCCGCGAAUGUGUUAGAAGGUUUGAGUGAUGAUAGUGGCACUGAUUUUUCGGAUGACGAAGUGGCAGAAAUCAGAAGGAAGGAUGAUUUUAAACCUGUCAAGGGAAAACCGGGAAUGUUUUACAGAAAACACCUGAAUAAUCCAGUAGACACUUACCACAAGAAGUUAUACACAAUGUUACCAAAGACGCCAUUGUUGAGCCGUCGAACUGGCAAGAAACGCAAGAUGACACAUUUAGAAGAGCUGGAACAACACACGUACUCUGUCAAGAGUCGUUGGUCAAACAAAGGCCGAAUACCUCGUCGAGGUCGGGAGAAAAUGCAAUACAUCGGAAGGCAAUUUCUCUCUGAACUUGGACUCUCGCAAUGGCGUUCGAGGGAAUUCUGGGCGAUGAUUUUAAUGCUAAUUUUAACCUGGUUUAUCCGCAUAUACGCUCAUUAUGGAGGACAAUGGAUAUAUCUCACCGCUAUCUUUAUCCCUAUAAAUAAGUUCGAGUUUCUUCCUUACACAACCAGCUUAAACUAUCAAAGUACCCUGCUGCAAACACGUCAAGAAAUCUCGCUUGUUGUUCUCGGUCCAUUUACCAACAUCAUUAUAUUUUGUUGCAUGGUUUUUCUGAGCUGGUUAAUGCAGAGACUAUUUGGGAGGUUUCCUAGUAUUCUGUCGAGGUUCGUCAUGGCUUAUGGGAUUAAUACGUUGCUUGAUCCUGUCUGGGUACUGGUGGUUGAUACCGCUCUGAAAAGAUAUCGUUUACUUGGAGGUGACAUUCCAAUCGGAGAUGCUUACAAACUCUACUGGCAUUUCGAUCGUUACGAAAAGAAUGGAAUUAUCGGAAUUUUUAUCACCGUUUUCCUGUACAUUGUUACAGUAUUUUCAGCCUCCACUGUUCUCUAUAUGUAUUUCCUCAGAGUUCACAAUAGCGGUCGGUUACUGGAUGUAUAUCACAGAUUAAACGGCAAAGAAGAUGAGUUUUUCGUCGCGUAUGAUCUGGAAAUUUCGCUAGAGGAGUUGACGUAUAUUUGUCGUAAGGCCGAGCAGUGGCGAGGGGAAGAAGGCGAGCGACGUAAAGUGGCUGUGUAUGAUUACGUUUGGGAAGAAGAGGAGUUGGACGAUGAACUUUGGGACAAGAAUAACAAACGUCGGAGAAAGAACACUCGUGAAGUAACGACUCACACAUCAAUACAUACUCUGCAUUUAGAUGGCUUGAGAGAACUUUACAGACAUUUCCUUCGUCUUCCUGACGGAGCCAUUGUUGAGGUGUUUGGUGAGAUGCCGCUGACAGGCAUUGAUGAGAGCGUGAAACAAGCCAUACUACAGAGAAACACAUUCGAGAACGUAGACAUGGUUAACCAAUCAGUUACGACUUUGAGAUCAAGGCGUGGUUCACAUGUCCCUGGGGCGAAUCUCUAUGGUAACGGUACAUUCCCUACCACUGCAGGCACAGGUAGCCCUGGUGUGGAAAACUCACGAAGACAAUCAAGGGUACAGUUUAGCGACCUCCCGGCUAGAGAUACACAGACAUUAGAUUUACCUGGAACAAGUAACGGUAUCCCGGGGGGUAGUUCUCUUGUUUGAUUUGUAUCAUUAAGUGCUUCUUCUCGCCACUCAUGAGAAGCCAAUAGUUACUGCUGGGAAGAUUGUGGUAUCCGAAUGGACCACCCAGAAACCGACCCAAACACUUUUGCAGGUCAAAAGUGCAUUGUAUUAUACAUUACGUUUAACAUAACAUACAUAUGACGAUAUCCUUAUUUAGAUGUAAAAAUACACGUAGAAACGACGCAUAGUUCAUAUGCCCCGUAACCAGCUGAGAUUCACUAGAAUUUCAUACAGGUUGCAUUCAUCAACAGAGAUCAGUGGAUAAGAGAAACGGACGCCUCAGCUACCGAACUCUAUAUAUUUGCUGAAUGCAAUCUUUAUGUUCCAUUAAAACGCGUGGAUACGAGGCGUGGAUACAUUGUUACACUGCACCCACAUGCUACCUGGAUAGUUCACCUAAGUUAUCUGUUAUACAGUAUUUACACAAUUUGAUGUAAUGUAAUCCUAUUUUUAUAACUAAUUUAUUUUAUAUUUAUUGCAAAUACUCUAAGCGUCUUUGGUGACUCAAACUGAACCAUACCUGAUUAUCAAACUAACUUUACUAUCUUAAGAAUAAUUUUCUUCGACUCAUCUGGUUUUUCCCUUUUCACAAACAAAUAGUAAACUUUCAUCGUUCACU